UCUGUUGGAGCUUACUGUACUGUUUUUCGUGUUCACCUGGUUUUGCUCUGCUUUUUUUUUUUGUAAAAAAAAAAAUUAUAAAUAUUUCAUCGAAAUGAUUAUACAAAAAAAAUUGUAGAAUUACUUUUUGUUUUUCUGAUCUCACACAACUGCUUAAAGCUGCAAAAUUAAAAUUUAGAAACAAUGAAAUAAGAGGCCCUUCUACAGUACAGGAAGUGUGGCGCAGGAUAAGAGUAUUUCUCUCCAGUUUCAAAGCAAAAACUAAGACAGAGAAAGAGAAAGUUUUUCCUUCAAGAUAGAGCGAGAGAAAGAGAGAGGAGAUAACUGAUGAGUAAUAGAGUGGAGGGUAUUUUUCAAUUUUGUUGAUAUAGAGAGAGAGAGAACACCCAAGGAAUCGGUAUGAUGAGUUGGUUCAUCGAAAGGUCGGUUUCUUUUGGAGGAUAAAAACAAGUACUCGAUUAUUUGAGAGAGAGAGAGGCUACUUAUGCUUUGGUCCGCGUGCUUUGAUGCAAAGUGAUGGGGUUUGGUUUUUAGUUGAUGAGCAUGAGCCAAAGCCCCACCCUUAGAGAGAAAAAGAUCUUUACAGACCCUUUUUGCAGGUUUUGUUCCUUCAGUUUGGUUGGAUUCUGGCCCUGCGAGGAGAGAAAGUGGGGCUUGCUUUCUCUUCUGCUUUAGUGUCUCUGGUUGGAUUCUCUGUUCUCGUUUUCUCGGAGAAUAUGGAAUUUGGAGACAUGGAGGAGCCAAUAAACAAGAUGAGUUCUGUGGAGGAAAAGAUUAAAAAUGGAGUGUUGGUAGCUGGAGCAUCCACAAAUCUACUUGAGGAGAUGAAGUUGUUGAAAGAAAUGCAGGAUCAAAAUGGGUCUCGGAAGUCCAUAAGUUCAGAGUUAUGGCACGCCUGCGCUGGCCCGCUUGUUUCUUUGCCUCAAGUAGGAAGUCUUGUCUAUUACUUCCCUCAAGGACAUAGCGAGCAGGUGGCAGUUUCGACUAAAAGAUUGGCAACGUCACAAAUUCCAAACUAUCCAAAUCUCCCUUCUCAGUUGCUAUGCCAAGUUCAGAAUGUCACGCUACAUGCAGACAGAGAAACAGAUGAGAUCUAUGCUCAAAUGAGUCUUCAACCAGUGAACUCCGAAAAGGAUGUGUUCCCGGUUCCAGAUUUUGGACUGAAGCCCAGUAAACAUCCAAGUGAGUUUUUCUGCAAAACUUUAACUGCAAGUGAUACAAGCACCCAUGGUGGAUUCUCAGUUCCGCGAAGGGCUGCAGAGAAACUCUUCCCUCCGUUGGAUUAUACAAUGCAACCACCAAAUCAAGAACUUGUAGUGCGAGACUUACACGAGAACACCUGGACAUUUCGCCAUAUAUACCGAGGUCAGCCAAAGCGGCACCUUCUCACAACGGGAUGGAGUUUGUUCGUUGGGGCAAAGAGGCUUAGAGCAGGGGACUCUGUUUUGUUUAUCAGGGAUGAAAAAUCACAAUUAAUGGUCGGGAUUAGGAGAGCAAAUCGUCAGCAGUCGACACUGCCAUCGUCGGUUUUAUCUGCUGAUAGCAUGCACAUUGGUGUCCUUGCUGCCGCCGCUCAUGCUGCUGCUAACCGCAGCCCUUUUACCAUAUUCUACAAUCCCAGGGCGUGUCCUGCCGAGUUUGUGAUCCCCUUGACAAGAUUCAGGAAAGCUGUAUAUGCUACACAGCUCUCUGUUGGCAUGAGGUUUGGUAUGAUGUUUGAGACAGAGGAGUCGGGUAAGCGCAGAUACAUGGGAACUAUAGUUGGCAUUAGUGAGCUGGAUCCACUGAGGUGGCCUGGCUCCAAAUGGAGAAAUCUUCAGGUAGAGUGGGAUGAGCCAGGGUGCUGUGAUAAACAGAACAGGGUUAGCUCUUGGGACAUUGAGACUCCAGAGAGUCUCUUUAUUUUUCCUUCUCUGACUUCAGGUCUUAAGCGACCAUUUCAUUCUGGAUUUUUGGACACUGACUGGGGAAAUAUGAUAAAAAGACCUUUUAACCGGGGUCCUGAAAAUGGGAAUGGCGAUCUUCUUCCAUACGGGAUUUCGAAUCUAUAUUCGGAACAACUGAUCAAGAUGCUACUUAAACCGCAACUUGUUAACUACCCGGGAACUUUAUCUUCUUUACAACAAGAAUCAGCAAUGGCCAUAGCAGAUCCAAUGCGAGAUGUGAAGCUCAUGCAGACAACUCUCAAUCAAAAAGAUCAGGUUAUUUGUUCAGAAGGUUCAUCUCUUCAACAAAAUGAAAUGAACCCUCCUCAAUCAACCCUGGACCAAUCUGGUGUCUCAAACAUGAAUUCAUCUCCUAAUGGAAAUCUACAUAAAAACUUCAAUACUGCAGCCAAACUUGAUAACCAGAAAGUUGGGAGAGUUAUAAAUACUGAAAAGACAAAGGUAGAAACUGAGUUAUCUACAGAUCAGUUAAGCCAGUUGACUUCAUCAACUGUUCAUAGCAGCGAGGAGAAAUUGGCUACUGGGCUGGUUAGUUCACAGAGCCUGGUUAGCCAGUUGACUCACUUCAACCAGAAUCAGGGCCCAGUCCAACUGCAAGCUAAUCAGUGGGGCAUGCAGCCACAGUUGGAUUCAUUGAUCUAUCUCUCCCAACAAACUGACCUAAACCCAUCUGACAUGAACAACACAAAUGUUUCACUACCGUCCCUAGACCCUGAUGAAUGUAUGUAUUACUCUUCCUGCCACCCUUACUCUGCUGGGAUUCUUAGGUCUCCUGGGUCUUUACCUGGUUUUGGUUUCCAAGACUCUUCGGCUUUUUCUGAAGCACAUAAUCUUCCUCUACCUUCAAUGGGGCAAGAUGUGUGGGAUAAUAAUAACCUAAAAGUUCAAGCAGAGCAUCUCACUUCAUUCGCUCAUCAAGAACCAUGCAAUUUUAGUUCUCUAACUAACUCGAGCAAUAUAAAAGACUUGUCAGAUGAGAGCAACAACCAAAGUGGGAUCUAUGGUUGUCCAAAUAUUGAUGGCAGUAACGGUGUAAGUCUAGCGGUCGACCCUUCUGCUUCAAGCACAAUUUUGGAUGAGUUUUCUACAUUGAAGAAUGUUGAUUUUCAGAACCCCUCAGACUGUUUAGUAGGGAACUUCAGCACAAGCCAAGAUGUUCAGUCUCAGAUAACUACAGCGAGCCUAGGAGACUCUCAGGCUUUCUCCCGUCAAGACAUCCAAGAUAACUCUGGUGGGACAUCAUCAAGCAAUGUUGAUCUUGAUGAGUGCAGCCUUUUGCAGAAUAACAAUUCUUGGCAACAAGUAGUUCCACCAGUGCGAACUUAUACGAAGGUCCAGAAGACGGGAUCCGUUGGGAGGUCUAUUGAUGUGUCGAGUUUUAAGAACUAUGACGAACUAUGCUCUGCAAUUGAAUGCAUGUUUGGACUUGAAGGGCUGCUUAAUGAUCCAAGAGGCUCAAGAUGGAAAUUAGUUUAUGUGGAUUAUGAAAACGACGUCCUGCUUGUUGGUGAUGACCCUUGGGAGGAAUUUGUCGGCUGUGUUCGCUGCAUUCGUAUUCUUUCACCUUCUGAAGUUCAGCAGAUGAGUGAGGAGGGAAUGAAGCUUCUCAACAGUGCUGCAAUGCAAGGAAUUAACGCCCCCGUUACGGAAGUUGGCCGUGCCUGAGUUUACACGAGUACUAAUGUUGUUGCAGAUGAGUGAAGAGGGGCUGACUGAAGCUUCCCAACAAUGCUGCAAUGCAAGGAAUUGGCCCAACGGCCUGGCUUUAGAGACUUGUUACACGAAGACUUCUAAUGUAGUAGCUUUUAUAUUUAGGUGGAUUUGAUGUAUGUAGUAUGACCAACUGACAUUGUUAAUCAGCAGACCGCAGUAUCUGAGACUAUUGAUAUGAGGUAACCUGUGUUUAGUAUAGUAGAGUUUGUUGUCGUUUAUGAAAAAAAAACUCUUGCGCAUGCA